UACUGCGGGGAAAGUUGAACUACCGACCAAAACUGGCGGAGAACUCGAUGCCGAUGCUCGCUUAUGAAUCCCGAUACGUUCUUCUUUGUCUCCGCCAUUCCUUUUCCGGAGUGAGAAUAGUAACCAACAACAGUUUCAUCUUUCGAAUCAACUGCGCUUUCUCCUCCAAAUCCUUCUAAUUGGGUCGAAUUUCAGCAGAUUCGUCGACUUCUAAUCUCUCGAGGUAAUCUCCCUCCCGCCAUUCUAGCUUCCCUUUGAUUUUUUCACGCAUCUCUCUCGAUUUAUGACCAUGGAAGUCCCCCUCCCGCGCUAUCAAAACUAUGUUUAUGAUCGGCUUCAAUGUAGCUCCACCUCUAGCUCUAGUUCCUACCUCCCCGUUCGUUUUACGGAUUCGAAGCUUUUUAGGAAGAGAUCUUUGCUUUCUGAGUAUACUUUGUGGUCUAAUAGAAGAAAAUUGCGUAAUUCGUUUUGUUGGAUCAAGUGCUCCUCGUUGGAACAAGGACUGCGGCCGCGGCCCGAACCUAGACCUUCGAAAAUCGAUCAUGACGUCCGGAAAGGAACGUCUUCGAACGAGACGACCCGUAUUAGAAAAUCCGGUGUAGGGAUCUGUAGUCAGAUAGAGAAGUUGGUUUUGUGUAAGAAGUACCGAGAUGCACUCGAAAUGUUUGAAAUUUUUGAACUAGAGGGUGGUUAUGAUAUUGGUAACAGCACCUACGAUGCGUUGAUUAAUGCCUGUAUUGGCUUGAAAUCUAUAAGAGGAGUGAAGAGGUUGUGUAAUUACAUGAUUGAUAAUGGAUUUGAGCCUGAUCAAUAUAUGAAGAACAGGAUUCUACUUAUGCAUGUGAAAUGUGGGAUGAUGAUUGAUGCUUGUAGAUUGUUCGAUGAAAUGCCCGAAAGGAAUGCAGUUUCGUGGAGUACUAUAAUUUCCGGGUACGUAGACUCUGGAAAUUAUAUAGAAGCGUUUAGAUUGUUCAUUAUGAUGUGGGAAGAGUGUUCUGAUAGCGGACCUCGCACCUUUGCGAUAAUGAUACGGGCAUCAGCUGGUUUGGAACUUAUUUUUCCUGGUAGGCAAUUGCAUUCAUGUGCGAUAAAGGCUGGUGUGGGACAGGAUAUUUUUGUUUCCUGUGCGCUGAUUGACAUGUACAGCAAGUGUGGAAGCCUUGAAGAUGCUCACUGUGUUUUUGAUGAGAUGCCAGAUAAGACAAUAGUUGGAUGGAAUUCAAUUAUAGCUGGUUAUGCCCUCCAUGGCUACAGUGAGGAAGCUUUAGAUCUAUGUUAUGAGAUGCGUGAUUCUGGAAUUAAAAUGGACCAUUUCACCUUUUCUAUAAUCAUAAGGAUAUGUUCGAGAUUAGCCUCUGUAGCACGUGCUAAGCAAGUUCAUGCAGGUUUAGUUCGUAAUGGCUUUGGGUUAGAUGUAGUAGCUAAUACAGCACUCGUGGAUUUCUAUAGCAAAUGGGGGAAAAUAGAUGAUGCCAGGCAUAUUUUUGACAGGAUGUCCCAUAAAAACAUAAUAUCAUGGAAUGCUUUGAUAGCGGGAUAUGGGAAUCACGGUCGGGGUGAGGAGGCCAUCCAGAUGUUUGAAAGGAUGCUUAGGGAAGGCAUGACGCCAAACCAUGUGACAUUCCUUGCUGUUUUAUCUGCUUGUAGUAUUUCAGGUUUGUUCGAACGCGGGUGGGAAAUUUUUCAAUCGAUAACAACAGAUCACAAGAUUAAACCACGUGCUAUGCAUUUCGCGUGCAUGAUCGAAUUGCUAGGCCGAGAAGGGCUCCUAGACGAAGCCUAUGCCCUCAUAAGGAAUGCUCCAUUCAAACCCACAGCAAAUAUGUGGGCUGCCUUGCUUAGAGCUUGCAGAGUUCAUGAAAAUCUAGAGCUUGGGAAACUUGCUGCUGAAAACCUCUACGGCAUGGAACCCGACAAGCUUAGUAAUUAUAUUGUGCUCUUAAACAUAUACAACAGUUCUGGCAAAUUAAAGGAAGCAGCCGAUGUUGUUCAGACUUUGAAGAGGAAAGGCUUAAGAAUGGUUCCAGCAUGCAGUUGGAUUGAGGUUAAAAACCAACCUCAUUCAUUCCUCUCUGGGGACAAACAUCAUGCCGAAAUCGAAAAGGUUGUCGAAAAAGUGGACGAAAUAAUGUUAAAGAUCUCAAAGCUUGGUUAUGUAGCUGAACAGAACUUCUUGCUCCCAGAUGUAGAUGAAAAGGAAGAAAAGAUACACAUGUACCAUAGUGAGAAAUUGGCCAUAGCUUAUGGACUACUCAGUACUUUAAAGAAAACGCCAUUGCAAAUUGUGCAGAGCCAUAGAAUUUGUGGUGACUGUCAUUCUACGAUAAAGUUGAUUGCUUUGAUCACCAGACGUGAAAUUGUGGUCAGAGAUGCUAGCAGAUUCCAUCAUUUUCGAGAUGGGAGUUGUUCUUGUGGAGACUAUUGGUGAUGAAGAUUCAGUUAAAUUACUUGGAACGUUCACAGGAUUUUACACUCUCUUUUCCAUCGUCAAAUCGCUAUCCUGUGUGGACAAGGAUAAGGUCUGCUCCCAUGGAAUCUUCAAUGUAUGGAGAUCAAGCAACAGAGGAGAGAAGGGGAAAUUUCCAAUGAAAUUAGAACUUCUUGAAUCGGUUAACUAUUUACAACUUCAAAAAUUUCCAAAUCCCAAGAAAAAACAGACAAAAAAAGAAUCAUCAUAUUGCCCUAAUUUUGAGUUUUGAAGCCGAGGUUGUGAUGAUUUGCUGCAAACAAUAAACCAAUGGCACUUCCAGAAAAGCCUAUAGAAAAAAAAAAA